AGCUCUGGUCCUGCCAUUCCACACACGCAACCCACCCAAGUAACCUGUCUUGAAAUAAAUGUUUCUUUUCUUUCCCCUGACCAGCUCUCUGAAUACCAAAUCUGCACAGUAGCCUGUGAAAUUUGCAUGCUUUUCUUUGUUGCUAGGGAUUAAAGUGUGGUGCGUCCCUGGUGGUGGCUGGUUAAUUCACUACGAAUCUUGAAACAACAGCACUAAAGCUCUUCCUUUAUCUGGUUACUUGAUUAGUGUUUGACAACAAAUAGUUGACUAUAUGGAGCCGGCAGGACAUACGGCGCAGGCGAAGCCGGGGCAGGUUUCCACCGGCAAGCCUCAAGAUGCCAAACCCCGUCUGUUAUUGAUGGGCCUCCGCCGGAGCGGGAAAUCCUCGAUCGCUAGUGUCGUUUUCCACAAGAUGCCUCCUAACGAAACGCUCUUUUUGGAGUCAACGACUCGCAUCCAAAAGGAUUCCAUCCACUCGUUCAUGGACUUCCAGGUUUGGGAUUUUCCUGGUCAGCUCGAGUAUCUGGAGCCAUCUUUCGAUCUCGAAGACAUUUUCGGAAGCCUUGGUGCGCUCGUCUGGGUCAUUGAUGCACAGGAUGAUUACCUGGACUCGGUCGCGCGCCUAAACCGCACCAUCCUGACUGUCCAGCAGUAUUACCCUAACAUCAACAUCGAAGUCUUCAUUCACAAGGUUGAUGGACUCUCGGAAGAGUACCGUACCGAUACAUUCCAGGAUAUCGUACAGCUCAUUUCGGAUGAGCUUAGCGAUGCUGGGUAUGAGAAUGCCCCUGUCCACUAUUACCUCACGUCUAUCUAUGAUUACUCUGUCUUUGAGGCAUUCAGCAAGGUUAUCCAGAAGCUGAUCCCAAACCUAUCGACUCUGGAGAACCUAAUCAACACCCUCGGUAACAAUUGUGGAUUUGAGAAGACCUAUUUGUUUGAUGUUCUCAGCAAGAUCUACAUUGCUUCAGAUACUCGCCCAGUGGAUAUGUCCUGCUAUGAGAUGUGCUCGGACUAUAUCGAUGUGAUUGUGGACAUCUCAGAACUUUACUCAUGGGACCACCCCGACCGCAAGCCAAAAGGCGAGCAAAAUCAAGAGGCAGAGAGCCAUGUGGUUCUGCACGACGAGACCAUGAUCCAUUUGAUGGAAAUGAACAAAUAUCUUUGUCUCGUGUCUGUCAUACGCAAUCCUGAGGCGAAGGAGAAGAAGGGUUUGAUUGAUAUGAAUUGCCGUACUUUCCAGGAGGCCCUCAAUGAUGUCUUUUCUCGCAGCUGGGAACAGGAUCAGGAAGGGUCCGAACAGGGCCAGGCGCAGGGGCAGGUGACAGAGCAUGGCGAGCCAGGUUCGAAUAACUGAUAUCAAAAGUGUUGCUUCUAUGGCGUUGGAACAUCUACGGAGUAGUAGUCCACUAUUUGCCUACUGUAGCACUUUGAGAAGCGUAUCUUACACACAAUACCAUUUUCUGUGUCGAAGCUUCCUCA